AUGUACAUUCCCAGAGGAGCCAUUUCACAUGAUGGCUCUUGUCAGAUCACUCUAGCCAUCAUAAGAGACAAUUCAGGUGUUGAUAUUAUAGAAAGGGAAUCGUUGGCCUGCUAUGGAAUCAGGUGUGACCCCCAAACUUUGAUCUUCAACCAACCUGUUAAGAUCACUAUACCACACUCUUGCUUGGUCGUCAAUCCACAGCAGGUGAAACCAGACAUCGUUUGCCGAGUGUGGGACUCAAAUAAGGAUCUACCAAUUACUUUAAGGAAGCAAUCAUCCAGCUCACCAGACAAACCACCAUACUGCAGACUCUACAAGAAAUGCAUUGAGUUGUACAUUGACCGCUGUGCGGAGUGGUGGGUUCUGAUUCCUCUUGAACAACAUGUGAUCCGACAACAACUUAUGUGUACUCCAUACAUCCCAGACAGGAUUGAAAGAGGACAAGAGUUUGUAGUUAAUUUUCAGAUGUAUAACGACCUUCCUGGAAACGAAGCGGUUACACAAGAAGAGUCGAGGCAACAGUCAUACCAUAGAUGUCAUCGCUCGUUUCCAUUCUGCCUUGAAACAAAGUCUGGGGAUGUCACAAUUACAUGCCAUCGUGAGGGAAUAGCUCUUGAAAGCCAGAUCGUUUCUCUUGGGGACCUUCAAGCAAAGAUGAGCCAUUGUAUAUCGCUAUACGUACCACCCAGUGAAGAAGAUCUAAAUUUUGCAGUAAUUACUAUAACGAUUACACAGGCUGGAAAACUUGGGAUAUCACGAUCUAUUGCCUUUGUCAUUAGAAAUACAGAUGGACCGGAGUCUCAAAUUCCCUCUGAACAGACAAACUUCUUAAGGACACUAGAAGAAGUAAAAAACAGCGACCUACAAUCGGACACAGACGUCUUUGCAAUAGCCCAGACAAUGGACGUAAAUCAAUUCUAUGAUUUGGGCAUAGCUCUUGGUUUCACCAUAGCCGAGUUGGAUCGGUUAGAGUACAUGAGAUUCAGAGAUAGGCAACAAGCAGCCUAUUACAUGCUAGUAACAUGGAGGGGGAGACAAACGUCUACCCAAGAAGCUAAGAGUACUCUAAUCACACUCAUGGAAUCAUUCAACUCAUCAUCAAUUGAUGCAACCUUUCAAGAACAGUUGGGGACUAUGGCCCAACCCUUCCUGCAGUGCUAUGCGGCUUGGGUCUUGGGCGGAGCCCACGGAACUUCUUGA